UUAGCUGGUCUUAUAAAUACUCACACUGAACUUGAAAUUCAGAAUAAAAUGGCGCGUAUUGAAAUGAAGGGGAUAGGGGUCGGAGUAUUUGUCAUAGUUUAUAUAUCAACAACUUCGGCAAUGUAUCAAAAUCCGCUUCAAAUUCUUGGAAAAAGCACAUCGGAUUUUGCCUUUGAUUUUUAUUGCCAUUUAACUGCAUUGGAUAAAACACCAAAUAUUUUCAUAUCCCCGAUCAGUAUAUCGACCGUGCUUUCGAUGACCUUAUUGGGAGCUAGGAAUAACACAGCAAAUCAGAUGACAAAUGCGCUGCAUUUGCAAUCACUAGGGGGAGCCACUCAUGAGGCCUACAGGAUGUUGGGGGCAUCGCUGGAGAAAUCCAAUAAGAACAUUACACUGAAAACAGCCAAUAGAAUGUUCGGCCAGGAAGGAUUUGGCUUUCUACCAAAAUACCUCAAGCAAAGUAAAUUCUUCUAUAAUGCUUCUCUCCAACAACUAGACUUCAAACACAAACCAGAUGCUUCAAGAGAAUUUAUCAACAAAUGGGUUGAAAAACAGACUGAGGAUAAAAUAAAGAACUUGUUACCAGAGGGCAGUAUUGUUCCAUUUACAAAACUAGUCCUGACCAACGCCAUCUAUUUCCAAGGUAACUGGAUGUACCGGUUCAAUAAAACAAAGACAACUAACGCCACCUUUCAUCUCAUGGGAGACCCAAAAGCUAAAGUAAAUGCAACUGUGAUGUCUAUGAAGACUCAUUUAUGGUUUGGAAUGAUCCCAGAACUUGACUGUAAAAUCGUAGAACUCCCCUACUCUGGCAACCAAACUGCGAUGUAUGUAAUCUUACCAAAUGAAAUUAACGGGCUUAAAAAAGUAGAGAUGGGGUUAAAGAAUACAACAAUUUUAGAGAUUGCAUUUAAGAGGAUGCGUAACACAACUGUUGAUUUACGACUACCAAAGUACAACAUGGCUGCUGCUUAUGACCUUAAACCGACCUUGACCUCAAUGGGAUUGCGUGACCUUUUCACCCCUGCAGCUGACCUCUCAGGGAUAGAUGGAAGACAAGACUUAUGGGUAUCUGCUUUCCAACACAAAGCUUACGUCAACGUGGAUGAAGUCGGGACAACAGCAGCUGCGGCAACUGCUUCUAGCAAUAGGGCCAUUGUACCAGGAAACUUUUUCAUUGAUCGUCCAUUUUUGUAUUUCAUCCGGGAGAAAAACAGCGGGGCUGUCUUAUUUUUGGGACGGAUAAUGUGCCCCAUGGGAUAUGAGAAACAGUGUGGUAUGAAUUAACAUAUAUGCAGUAGUCCAGGGACAAACUAGACUUGUUAUUGAUAUAUUUUCUUAUGAAUCUGCCAGAAUAAAGACUAACAAGACAUUAACAUGGAAAAUGUCACCACCUGCCAUUUGUUAAAGACACUGACUGCCAAAUGCCAAACACCAACCAUGGAACACCAUCUCCCGAACAUUGUCCAUAAAAAAGUUGGAGACUGUAACAAUAUGUAAACACGC